AUGCGCGGCAACGAUGCUCAGAUCAAGUGCCACUACAAGGGCAAGGACGAGGACUUCGUGGUCAUCGUCGACUCGAAGCAGGCUGUCCAGGACUGGAAGAAGAGCGACAACACUCUGCCAUUGGCCCAGGUCGUCAGCGGGUUCAAGGUGUUCGUGACACACAAGCACGGAAACCAAGGCGUCAUGGACACUGCCUCGAAGGGCCAGCUUGAGGAUGAGUUCGGCACGAGCAACGAGGAUGAAGUCGUGAAGCAGAUCUUAGAGAAGGGUUCCAUCAUCGAAUCAGGAACAUCCGGUCGUGACGGCGUGAAGAACGACUCCAAGGGCGCGAUGGCUGGUCACUAA